AGCCGCGUUACUUUAGAGUUCCAAGGCCCGCAGCCCCUCCAUGGUCUCAUCAGACCCGCAGCAAACACUUCUUCCAUUCGUGGUUCAGAGGCUGCCUCUGGUGGUCCAGGCCCGUUGAUCCCAUGAGAUCCCAGUUCCUGACUUGGUGGCAUAUUGUGGAUGGGGGAAAGCCACUCGAUCCUGGUUAUGGAGACUCUCCCAACAGGGCUUCUUUCCCCAGCUCCCACUCGUGGAUGUGAUGGCGGCUCCUGCUCUGUCCCGGUGUCUGUCCCUCCUUGCCCUCCUCUUGUCCCUGGCCAUCUCUCGGGCAUCUACAGUGGUGAACGGAUUGCCUAACGCCUCAUCUGGUAGGUGCAAGAGUGGCGCGCAAUCCCCAGAGGGCCACUGGCACCCUGCAGCCAGCCACACCCACCCCAUCUUGCCAGCAGCCGCUUCCAAGCUCACGUGCUUCUACAACUCAAGAGCCAACAUCUCCUGCGUCUGGAGCUGGGAUGGGGGCCUGCAGGCCAUGCCUUGCCGCAUCCAUGCCCAGCCCGAUAAAAGGCCUUGGAAUGAAUGCUGUGAGCUGCUUCCAGUGAGGCCGGGCUCCUGGGCGUGUAACCUGAUCCUUGGACUCCCAGAUUCUCAGAAACUGACCAUAGUUGACGUCAUCAGCUUGAGCGUGAUGUGCCGAGAAGGGGGGACGUGGAGGAGGCUGCUGACCCAGCAGUUCAAGCCCUUUGAUAGUGUUCGUCUGAUGCCCCCCAACUCCCUCCAAGUCGCCCAUAUAGGGACCCACAGAUGCAACAUAACUUGGAACCUCUCCCAGUUCUCCCACUACCUUCAAAGCUACGUGGAGUUUGAGGUCCGGACAAGGUCCCCCGGCCUCAGCUGGGAGGAGUCCCCGCUGCUGACCCUCAGGCAGAACCAGCAAUGGAUCUUCCUGGAGACACUCACCCCAGACACCCCGUAUGAGCUUCAGGUGCGGGUCAGGCCCCAGCUAGGCCACCAGAAGGCUUGGAGCCCAUGGAGCCAGCCCCUGGCCUUCAGGACAAGGCCUGCAGCGCCUGGGAAGAAGAUCCCGCCCAUCCCGUGGUCCGGCCACAUCAUCUUGGGCCUCGUCAGUGCCGCCGUUAGUUUCGUCUUCCUGGUUUACUUUCUGGCCAAAUGCCCGUACAUCGGGCCGUGGCUGAAGAAGGUUCUGAAGUGUCACAUCCCCGACCCCUCGGAGUUCUUUUCCCAGCUGAGCUCAGAGCAUGGAGGAGAUUUCCAGAAGUGGCUCUCCUCGCCCUUCCCUUCAUCCUCCUUCAGCCCCAGCGGCCCGGCACCUGAGAUCUCCCCGUUGGAGGUGCUGGACAGGGACGCCAAGGCCACGCAGCUGCUCCUGCUGCAGCAGGACAAGGGCCCGUCGCCCGUGCCAGAGACCAGUGGCCACUCUGUGACCAGCUGCUUCACCAACCAGGGCUACUUCUUUUUCCACCUUCCGGACACUCUGGAGAUUGAGGCCUGCCAGGUGUACUUUGCCUACGACCCCUGCGUGGAGGAGAUGGAUGACGGGGGGCCCGGGGCGCCCGAGGGGGCUCUCCUCCCGCCCCUGCCGCCUCUGUCAGGGGAGGACGAUGCCUACUGCACCUUCCCCCCCGGGGACGACCUGCUGCUCUUCUCCCCCAGUCUCCUCGGUGGCCCAGCCCCCCCGCACGCUGCCCUGGGGGGUGCUGGGGCUGGUGAAGCGAGGCUGCCCCCCUCCCCACAGGACGGAGGCCCUGGAGACUGGGUCCCCCAGCCCCCGGGGCCUCCCACUCCAGGACCCUCUGACCUGGUGGAUUUGCAGUCCCUCCCGGAGCAUGCGCUGGGAGAAGAAGGAGAGGAGGGGGCGGCCCCCAGCCCAAGGGAGGGGGCCAGCUUCCCCUGGGCCAGCCUUCCCGGGCACGGCCACGUCAGGGCCCCCACCUCCUGCCUGACCCUGAACACCGAUGCCUACCUAUCUCUCCAAGAGCUCCAGGAUCAAGACCCGGCUCGCUCGGUGUAGACAGAUGGCCAGGGAUGGGAGGCAGGUGGCAGUCCCCUGUUUCGACGGGCCCAAGGGAGGCCUCUCUGCGGGUGAGGCUUGUCCACGGCUGAGACCCUUGAUGUCCAGCUGUGCCCUGGACACCUCUGCCCAGAGGGCCCCAAACAUUCAGCUGUUCACUUCUAGAAAGCUCAGUUGCUGCUCCCUGGUCCUACUGCCCAAGCCAGGAACAGGGUUGGGGGGGGGUGCAUGCUGACUCCCCCACUCCCUUGUCAAUCAUGGAGUCCCCUGGGUUUUGCCUCCGAAACAUCCUUCUUCUCCAG